AUGUGGUCUGGAUUCAACUUGCAAAAGGCCCAAGAGCAGGCCAAACAGCAGGCGGGCUGGUCCAUGACCAUUACGAAAAAUCUCACCGCAAUACAGGAAACGGACUUGAAGUCGAAAGGAGUGACGGCGCCGGAUAUGCCCUUCAUCCCAGCGCUCAGGAUCAUCAAGGUCGCUACGCAGACUGCAGAAGAUCCAAGUGAUCGUGGCAAGAUCGGCAAUGACCGUUUCUCCUGGGUGAACGAGUCGCAUGAACCGCAUCUUACAGAGAUAUCACGCUAUGGGGAGGGACUGAUACCCUAUCCGAAUACGAAUUACACGUGGCGUGGUACCGUGGAGCAACUCCAUACCCACGUGACUAGAUUGCGUGCAAAGCGACAGAAGCUCGCUCGGGAGGCUGAGCUACUGUGGCAGUGGUUGGCCAAAAGGGAAGCAGAUAUGUACAGUAUUCCAAUGCAGCCGAUGGGCGAAGGCGAUGAACGCCUCGCCGCUCGUCGAUAUAUUGAGGUGCUCGGGAACACGCAUCAGAAGGUCUGGAACCGGAUCUCCCAAUGUGAUUGGAUGAUUGCCGAUGCACAGAAACGUGUUACGCAGCUCCAAGCAUCAGAUGGACUGGCAAACGACAAUGAUGCUCCCCCAACAAGCACUGCACCUAAAGCAGAGAAUGUGAGAGCUGAGCUAUCUCUUCCCCUACUCCGAGACCAGCCUAAAUACAAUGAGCAGUGGCAGCAGCAAUGUCAAGCUGAAAAAGAAGCCUUCGAGAAGUUGCAGAAGGGCAUGGCCAAGAAGACUGAGCAGAUGACUGGAUUCUGGCAGGCGCUAGUAUCACCGAAGGAGCAGGACAACGACAUGGUUCGUGGGCUCGUUGCCAAGACUCUCAAGCAGAAAGAGAAAACGUUGGAUGCGGCGAUGUUCGAUGUCGCGAUUAUGCGAAAGAUCAUUCAGGAUGCGGAGUAG